AUGUUGUGCUGUACUGUAAAAACUCAUCAAUGCUGUCGGGAUUGUAGUUUGGUACUGCGCCAAGAAGUGUCAGUAUGGAUAAUAGGCUCAUUUUUGAUAAAAAAUGCAUUUGUACACGCAAGAAGUAAAACAGGUGGUGUAAAUUUAGGUCUCCAUAGAAUAGGAGUUAAAAUUUGGUGGCAAGGGUAUGGUGGCAUGGGUUUAAAAGAUUUGGAAUCGACAAUAAAAAGACUGAUGAAAUAUGAAAAAGCGCCGAAAUAUGUUGUCCUUCAUAUUGCUGGAAAUGAUUUGGAGAAGACAAAAUUAGGAUUUUUCAGGAAUGAAAUCAAGGCCACCUUGGAGAAGGUACAAAGUUAUCUACCGAAAAGUUCGAUUGAAGAUGGUGUUCAUUUGACUGAUCUAGGAAAUGACAUAUUUCUAAAUAAUUUGCAAGGUGCGCUUGAAAUGUUUAUUUGUUCUGGUACUUAUACAUAUCCAGAUACAUUUGGUACUAGUAUGUGUAUAUCUUAGAUA